UCUAGUAUAGUAUAGGGUAGGAGGAGAAAUGUUUAUAUGUAUUCUCGGAUCAUCAGUCUAGAAGUGUCAACUCUGAUAGAAAGAAAUGUUUCCCACAAAUAUCCUAAUACUUCUAAUGGUGACGAACCUUGCUCUGGGUUCAAUUCUAGAUUUAGCUCCGGGUUCAGAUCUGAACACAGCUCCGGGUUCAGCUAACAAAAGAACAUUUUCCAUAUCCUUCAGAAAAAAUACAUUCAUUAAGGAUGGAGAACCUUACCGUUAUAUAUCAGGGUCCAUGCAUUACUUCAGGGUUCCGAGACAGUACUGGAGAGAAAGGUUGGAGAAGAUGCGCGUAGCAGGUUUAACGUGUGUUCAGACCUACGUGGAGUGGUCCUCUCAUCAACCCAACCCGGAGGAGACUAUAUUCAAGGAUAACCUGGAUAUAGAGGAGUUCCUUCAAGCUGCAGCAGAUACAGGAUUAGAUGUGAUCCUACGUCCUGGUCCCUAUAUUGACGCGGAGCGUGAUCUGGGUGGAUUACCCUCCUGGAUUCUGAAGAAUAAAAAUAUAAAUCUCAGAACGAAUGAUCCAGGAUUCAUGAAACCUGUCGAAGCCUGGUAUAAAAUCCUUUUCAAGAAGAUAAAUAAGUAUCUUUAUAAGAAUGGAGGACCGAUCAUAAUGAUCCAGGUAGAGAAUGAGUACGGAUCAUACGGAGCACAAACUGGAUUCUGUGAAAAGGAGUACCUGGAGAACUUGAGAGAUCUAACCCGAGGUCUAGUUGGAGAUGAUGUGGUUCUCUUUACCACAGAUGGAAACAGUCUAGAUCUUGUAAAAUGCGGGAAGAUUGACCAAGUGUACGCUACAGUAGAUUUUGGACCUGGAGCAAACGUAACUCAGGCAUUCCAUGUUCAGAGAACUAUCGAACCCAGAGGACCACUAGUUAAUUCUGAGUUUUAUCCUGGUUGGUUGGAUCACUGGGGUCACCAGCACUCUAAGGUUGGUUCAGACGAGGUGGAUAAAACAUUGGAUGAAAUGCUCCGGGUUGAGGCUAACGUUAACAUCUACAUGUUUCACGGAGGUACAUCCUUUGGACUGAGCGCCGGAUCUAACUCUGACCCGUUCCUUGUAACUCCAACAUCUUAUGAUUACGAUGCUCCAAUCAGCGAGAGUGGAGAUGUCGGAGAGAAGUUCUGGAGAAUUCGAACCCGUAUCCAGAGCUAUCAAUCCGUCCCUCCUGUUCCCCCAACCUUCAGAAAUGAAUCCCAGAAAGGAGAUUAUGGAACUAUACCUAUGAGGUAUAUCUGGCCUGUAUUCAACUUGUUUAGAAAGUACGGAGUUCACGAGAGCCCUGUAAGCUUUGAGGAUUUGCGACAAAACAAUGGAUUCCUACUUUAUGAAACUCAGGUUUCUGGUCUAUUCUCCGAUCCUGCUGGUUUAAAUAUACCUGGAAUAAGAGACAGAGCCUAUGUUUAUAUAAACUCAAGGUAUUCAUCCAGGUUUGUCGGAGUUUUAUCCAGGGGUGAGAAUAUACUCAGUUUACCAUUGCAACCUAGGGACGGAGAUUUAAUCCGAGUACUAGUUGAGAACCAAGGUCGAAUCUGUUUUGGGCCGGAUCUGAGGGAUAGAAAAGGAAUUAUCGGAAAUGUUACACUUGGCGGGAAAAUUUUGAAAAAUUGGAAGAUUUCAGGACUAACCUUCACAGAGAAAACGGUUCAAGCUUUGGAAAAGUUGAUUUCUGAAAACCUGAGGAAUGGAGGGACCCGGAGACAGGUUCAAGAUCAAGAUCUCAACACUUCUCAGGGUAGGAUGAGCGUCUGGGCUGCAAUGUUUCAACUCCAAUCUAAUUCCAUAUCCCAGGAACCAUUGGAUACCUUUGUGGAAUUGCCAGGUUGGCAUAAAGGAAUAAUAAUUGUGAAUGGAUUUGUACUUGGGCGAUAUUGGCCCGCAGUUGGACCUCAGAUGACUCUGUAUCUGCCAGGUACACUACUCAAACCAUAUCCAGAAUGGAAUCGUAUCUCUAUCUUGGAACAGGAUAGGCUGACGUGCUUACCGUACUGCAAUAUCAGAUUCAGAACCAGUUCUAAUAUAGACGGUCCAACCCCAUUCCAGUAAUAUCAGAUUCAGAACCAGUUCUGACAUAGACGGUCCAACCCCAUUCCAGUAAUAUCAGAUUCAGAACCAGUUCUGACAUAGACGGUCCAACCCCGUUCCAGUAAUAUCAGAUUCAGAACUGCAGUUCUAAUAUAGACGGUCCAAUCCCAUUCCAGUAAUAUCAGAUUCAGAACCAGUUCUAAUACAGACAAUCCAAUCCUGUCCUAGUAAUUCAGAUUCAGAACCAGUUCUAAUAUAGACGGUCCAAUCCCGUGCCAGUAAUAUUAGAUACAGAACCAGUUCCCAUCCUGUUCCAGUAAUAUUAGAUACAGAACCAGUUCUAUAUAACGCUGAAAUACAUAAAUUCGAAAAA